CUGGGCGGCGGGUGUGGGUGUUAACGGUGGGGAGCCCCGCACCGCUUGUCCCACGCGAGAUCCUUCGCUGUCAGUCCUGGUGGGCGCUGUGGAUUUUUAUUCAGGCUGGGUGUUUAUUAAACGGAUUUUUUAUUCAUUUUCUUCAGUUUGUGAUGCAGUGACAUACCCGUACUGGUGUUCACCUUAAUAAAUAACCGGUGUAGUUCUGCGUUAUAGGUGUUUGCUUUAUUUUCUUUAGAAACUUGAUCUAAAAAGACCUGGUGUGCGGAAGCCAUGGGUUUGUCUGCGUCCUCCCCGGCUGCUGCAAGUCAGUCGCCAAAUGUAUCCAAGCAAUAUCAGAUGGUGUCUCCGCCUUCAGAAUGUCCUAUGCAUCAGGAAAAAAUGAGUGGUUGUCCCAUGCACAUGAAGACUCCUGAUCAUAGAACUGAGAAUGCAGACGAUGUUCCUGCACAUCAAGAAAGAGCGUAUGAAUUUGUAGCAUGUCCAGUGAAAUCUGGUGCAUCUCAAAUCAAAGAUGACAUAGAUCCUAGCAACAUGAUGCCUCCUCCUAAUCAGCAGCCAUCCCCAGGUCAACCAUUUCCAUUGUCAACUGUUAGAGAAGAAUCUUCCAUUCCUAGAGCACAUUCUGACAAGAAAUGGGUCUACCCUUCAGAGCAAAUGUUCUGGAAUGCUAUGAUAAGAAAAGGGUGGAGGUGGAAAGAUGAUGACAUAACAGGUGAAGACAUGACCAACAUCAUUAAGAUUCACAACCAAAAUAAUGAGCAAGCUUGGAAGGAGAUUUUGAAGUGGGAAGCUCUUCAUGCUGUGGAAUGUCCAUGUGGACCAUCACUGAUGCGGUUUGGAGGCAAAGCGAAGGAGUAUUCACCAAGAGCCAGAAUACGUUCGUGGAUGGGAUAUGAACUUCCCUUUGACAGACAUGAUUGGAUUGUUGACCGAUGUGGAAAAGAAGUGAGAUAUGUUAUUGAUUAUUACGAUGGUGGAGCAGUAGAUAAGAACUACCAGUUCACUAUCCUUGAUGUUCGCCCUGCGUUUGACUCUCUCUCGGCUGUGUGGGACAGAAUGAAGAUUCUGUGUAAGCUUGCAUUUCAUGACUCCAGUGCUGCACCAGAUACGUGAGGUUUCUGAUUCUGACUGGAGUUUUGAGUCUUACUUAAAUAGUGAAGACUGGAAAUUUCAUACCUGGUUUCACAUAGUUACAGUAUUUGGAUACUUAGAUGAUGAAUAAAGGGUGAAAGAUCUGGACUGUUUAAAACUGCAUGUUUUCUUAACUAUAUAAACCCAUGUAUUUGUUUUCAUAUGGGCACUUUACCUGUUCAAAUACAUGCUUCCUCAGAAGACUUUAGUAAAGUUUAUUCUGUUGAAGGAAGUAUAGCGUAGUAUGACUGUUUUUAAAGGUAUGGUAAGUUGAAAAGGAGAAUAUACUCAUGCCUUAAUCUGCAAUUUAUCUUUGAACAGAAGAACAUCUGUUAGAAGAAGGAAAUUAGUGUCAGUUACUUUUAAAACAACAUUUCUAAAAUGAGAUAAAAUUGGUAUUUAAUGGCUAUUUAUUUAAGUAUUGAAAAGGUUUGUUUUUUGAUGUAAGAAAACUGUAUUCUUCUAGUAUUUUCAUGUCUUUAAUGUGUGUCUCGUGUAAUGCAUUCAGGACAGAAUUAAGCCUUAUUUAAAGAAACUGUCAUGCAGUACAUCUGUAUUUUGUAUCUUGGCUUCAUCAGCUGUACCAUAGCAUGUUAUUUUUACAUAAUAGGGAAUCGCACAAAAGCGUAUGACUGCACAGUCGUACGCAUUUCUGCAUGGUGGUUAUAGUGAGACAUAUUACAGGUGUGUAUAUAACUUGGCUAAAAGGAUAUCAAAAGUGCCAAGAAAUAAGGCUGAUUUGAGCGUUAAGAGUGAUGCGUGUUAAUGUUGUGUGGCUUAAAGGUUUGAUUAAUGUUUGUGCUUAAUAAGGGAAACUAACUUUUUUUUAAGUCUUCCACUGUAAUAGCUUUAAAUUUGCAUGGCUUGGUAAAUUUCAGGUGCCAUAUACCCCUAAAUUUAAAUUAUUCCUCCCUUUUAGCAUAUAUUACUCUUGAGAAUGAGUCCUCUGUGCAAAGGGACGGAAUGGAAGGAGUAAGAGAGUAUCUUAUUGUAGCUUCUCAAAUGGGAGAAGCUUUCUUCAUUUAACUUCACAACCUUAACCAGGAACCAGCUGUACAUUCAUUUUCUGAAAGUGGUUAUUUUUAACUGACAUUGGAAGGUGGUGUUUUUUUUGUGGUUUGUUUGUUUGGGAUUUUUUUCUGAGGAGAAAGCCCCACAAUGUUUCAGUCACGUAACUUCCCAUUUUGGAAAAAAUUAUUCAGGGAAGCUUCCAUACUUUAAGGUACUAAUGGAGAUGGAUGGUUCCCACUUCAGAGGCAACUGUACUGCAUGGUAGGAAUAAAUAUUACCCAGAAGUCCAGAAUCCUAAGAGAAAAUGACGCUCUUACCCCAUCCACUUUCCUCAUUCCUUUUUCACCUUUUUAGUGAUUCCUAUAUAUAUAUAAAUGAAAAACACUUUGGGGCAAAAAAAAAACCAACCUCCAUCUGGGUAGGCAAUGUAUAUAUGGGAGAAAUGUGUGAACUUGUAUGAAGCAUAUCUGAUAAUGAAAGAGCUGCUCCUCUCUGUUCUAACAGUAAAGACUGAGGCUUACUGCUUUUUAGGGUGGGUUUUUUUGUUUGGUUCAUUUAUGUGUACAUUUGUUAACUUGAUAUACACAGAAUUCUGCAUUUCUCAGAACUAAAUACGGAAAAGGUACACCAAUGUAGGAAGUGCUUCAGAAGCUUCAAAAGAACGAGUUUGCUUUGUUGAUUUUGGAAGCAUGAUACUGAUCAGUGCAUUAUGGAAAUUGUAAUUGCUGCUAAAUCUGGUGAAAGGUGUCACAUGCCACUUCAUGCGUUUACUGUCUUCUGUUAUGUUCCAUCUCACAUAGCUUCAAAAUUGUU